AAUAGGCCAUGGAAAUGUUAACAAAUCGAUAUAUUUUUCAUUCGCCUUCGUUCUAAGCAAUUCGAAAUUUUAAAAUUGUCCUAAAGCCUCAAUAAAGUUUAUUGAACCUCUAAUUUAAGUUGUGGGAGAGAGCCCAGAAGAAGCAAAUUUGCAAGCGGCCUAUCCAAAAAACAACUGAAUUGAGUGCAGUAAAACAAAAAAACAAGAAAAAGAAUAAAGGAAAAAGGAAGUAACUAAACGAAACGAAACAAAACAAAACAAGGACGAGAAUAAGGUGGAGCAAAGGUCCUGCCACUGCCGCUGUAUCGAUUAAACAUGAGCAGGGGGGCACUUUGAGGUCCUAGGAGUCACGUAGUCUGAGGCGGUAUCGGCUGGCAACACCAGCCCUCGCACACACACACACACCCAACACACACUCAUAAACACACGUUUGAUUACCGCGUGUAAACAGCAACAAGAAAUCCAAACAAUAGAACAGCAACAGAACUUGCAAGGACUCUCACAGAGCUGCGGCAGGCCACGGAGAUUGUGCAACGUUGUUGUUGUUUUACCCUUUGGUUUUGCCAACUUAGAGUCACAUGUUCAGUGAAGCCAAAUGGCAGACACGGACAACUUAGUCAACGAUGUGAAGCAGCUGCUGCAGCAGGAGCAGGAGCAAGAGACCCGGAGAAGGCCACGCCAACAAAAGUCAAUACCACCUCCGAAGCCAAUUCGCAAAAAGAAAACAUCCACGCCCACCGCCCUGCUGUGCGAACUGGCACGACUCAAGGCUCAGCAAAAGUAUCUUGAAUGCAAUCAAACUAAACUGAAUCCCCAACAUUUUCAGGAUGAUGACCUCCAAACAGAUAAAGCUAACGAUGUACGGGAUACUAAGAGUAUUGACAAUCUUAGACCGCAUAGUUCAUCGGCAGUAAUUAGUCUGAUUAAUGAAAUCGAACGCUUGAAAUUUGAAUUAGAUGAAAAGCUAAAAACCUAUCGAACUGCCAAACGUGAUGAACUUCAGGAUAUGUGGCACUAUAUGGGCUCGCUAAGGGAAGAUGUCUUCCAACCCGAAAGACUCAGCUUGUACACAAUGAAUGCUCUAAGGGAACGCAUUGUGGGUCUUAAUGGUCAGCUGGAGAGGUUAAAGAUCCAAAACUCCAAGGAAUUGGAAAUGCUACAAGAACAAUAUGAGAAAAUGGAAAAGGAAAACAGUUUUGUGUGGAAAGAAAGCUUUUGAAAUACAAAAAACAAAAUAUAUUAUUGAAACUGCUUCAAAAUUAUUUGCAUUUGUACUGAAAUUAUUAGUUGACAUUGUAUAAUAAAUAUUUUUAUACUGUA